UUAGUUUUUUUGUAGCAUGUGAGUUCGAGUUGGACCGUGAGUCUGUGUCGGAAGUUAGUUUCGGAAAAAGUUUCCUUUACUCUUUUCAGACGCAUAUAAAAUGAACAUUAGGUGUGCUACGGUAAGGUUUAGUUAUUUCUUCUGUAAAUCGACGUGUGUUCAUGGUUUGAUCUCCUCCAAUUAAGGUUUAGUAAAGAUAUGCCGAUCCUAAACGUUGCCAAUUUGCACAGGUUCUGCAACUUUCCGUUACUUUUGUAUUUCAGCCUGAAGAUCUGAUGAACAUGCAGCAUUGUAACUUGCUGUGCUUACCUGAAAAUUAUCAAAUGAAAUAUUAUUUCUACCAUGGUUUGUCUUGGCCUCAGGUGAGAGAAAAAAUAAUUUACAAACAGCUGACCUCGAUCAUUAUUUGUGUUUUCUGUGGUUUUUCACAUGCAUGGUUUUUCUUAUAUUUAUUUUAUUUUCUGUUUCAGUUGUCAUAUGUUGCAGAGGAUGAGAAAGGAAAGAUUGUGGGAUAUGUACUGGCAAAAAUGUAAGGAAAACUUUACAUGUCUCUAGUGAUUGAGACACAUCAGACAUAAUGGUUUGAAAGGUAGCAUUAAUGAUGUGCAAAACUUAACACUUAUGUUCUGAAAUUACCCAACCUAUCACCACUAUCACGGAGGUGAAUUAUAGAAGAUAUAUAUAUAUAAAAAAAAAUAUAACGAUUAAACUGUCUCGACUGUUCGAUAAAAUAUGCUUAUUUAUUAUCUGUUGUGUCUAGAACAGUUAGAGUCUAUGAAAACGUGUGCUGCUGAUGUCUGUUUGUGGUGAAAACAUCAGAGAUACUCUUGCAUGUAGUUCUUCUUACAUCUCAUUGUUCGUUACUCAAUUUUGUGUCAUCUGUCAGCAGAUCUGCAAAUGAACAGUAGAGAAUAUGGAAUAUAGUUUUCAAACAAUGUCCCAGAUGUAAAACAUACUUCAGAUCUAUAAUUAAAUGCUUAAGUUGUCCUUUUUCCAUAAUUAUCUCUUUCUUUGUUUUGAUAUUUUUGUUCUUAGGGAAGAAGAGCCUGAUGAAGCUGUUCAUGGACAUAUUACUUCCUUGGUAAUAAUUUUGUAAUUUGUGAAUUGUUAAUAAUCAACAAUGAUGCUAUGAUGUGGGAUUACUUCUCCCCAGAUGCUUGGUUCUUGAGCUUUGAUGUCUGAAAUUUUUUUGUUGCACACCAGCCACUGCCACUGCAUUACCUAAUUUUGUCCACCCCCCUGAAAGCCUCUUCAAUGAUAUCUCCACCCCUCUCCCCUGAAAGCCCCUUCAAUGGUAUCUCUACCCCUCUCCCCUGAAAUUACAUACUGGUAUCCCAUUCUUUUCUUUAAAUACUAGUGGUACAGUACUUAAAGAAUAGUUAAGAAGCAAGAAAAUAAAAUCAAUGACUGAAAAAUAUAUUUGGGUAGCUUAGUGUAAGGCCAGUAAAAUCUCCUCUCAUGAUCUCGUAGCUCAUAAACAGAAUUUGGUAGUGCUUGUACAAUUUUGUAAAUGACUAAUAUUAUAUUAUACUUUACAGGCAGUUAAACGUUCGCACAGAAGACUAGGUUUGGCUCAAAAACUCAUGGAACAGGUAAGAUACACUUUCUGUAUUCAAUUAUGGUGAUUAUGGAAUUUUCUAAGAAUUGAUUUUUAAAAUACUUUGAUUUAUAUAUUAAAUAAUAUGUAAAAUCUGUUCUGAAUAUAGGCAUCCCGUGCUAUGGUUGAAUGUUUUAAUGCUCAGUAUGUCUCACUUCAUGUAAGAAAAAGGUAAGACAAAUCAGAUCAAUAUCAGUAUCUGGGCAACUGCCCACCUACCCCUCCCCUAACCCAACAUUAACCCUAACUUGUUAUCAAUUGACUGUUAUUAGGUUAGGGAGGGGUUGGUGGGCAGUUGCCCAGAUGCUUUUUCUGAACCCUUUGACCAUUAAGAGUGACCAGCAUCUAAUUUCUCCAUACAAUUUCACCCCUGAACCAAAUGUUAAAGCCAUGAGAAUAAAGGAAAUGAUCACUAACUUAAGAAGCUCCUGAUUGUUAAACAAAUUCUCCUUUUCAGCACCUAAGAAAAUGCACAGAAAACAGUGUGGAGAAUGUGCUUACUGAUGUUAGGGUAUAAAGGGUGAAGACUGUUUUCUUGGAAUGGGAAUAGGUCUGUUUCUGUUUCCCUAUUAGCUUGUUAAACUAAAGCCUCUAUUACACAACCUUACACAUCCUUUACACAACCUAUUACACAUCCUUUGCAAAAGUGUGAAAAUUACAAGCUUUACUCUUUCCAGACUCUAUUUCAUGAUAACAUCUGAGAAUUUUAUGAUUUGAGAGUUGAUGGUACUUUUUGACAAUUGUGAUAAUCUUGGGUGGACAGAGGCAUUGCCAAAUUAAAAAGUCUAUGCUACUUACCCCAAGACAAAUCAUGUACAAACUACACAUAACCAUUGGCAUCACUUCAAAUGAUGCAGAUGUGAAAUAUCUGCAAUGACAAGUAACUUAAGAGUUCCACCCUCCUCUAAAAUACAGGGUCACACUCCACUGAUGUAACACACCGUGCAUUUAUUUUUCAAACAGUAACAGGGCAGCUCUUCAUCUUUACAACAAGACUCUGGGAUUCAGGUUAGCUUCAUAAAAAGAGUAACACCUGGAACAAAAACUUGCACUUUGUGUGGCUCCAUAUGUUUCUACACCCACAUCAGCUAAGGCAGCCAGGGGUGGAAGUUCUAAUAGUAAAUAUUUUUGAUUAUGUGGGAGAAGCAAAGCAGUAAGCUGAUCAGUUUUGGAGGGGUGGAGUGUUGGAGGUGGAGUUUUGGCUUCUAAGCCUUUUAAUGCCCAUGAGUGACCAAGACAGAAUUUCUCCUUACGAUAUCAAUACAAUAUCAACCAGAUAAGUGAUGAGAAUAAAGAAAAACAUCAAUCAUCAUGGGGAUUAUAGGUUGAUCCAAUCCCAAAUUCUCCAAACUAACAUCACAAAAACUAUAUGGCAGACAGUGAGGAGAAUUACUAAUGAGAUCUUGGGAGUUAAAGGGUUAAUUGUCUUUGAUCCAGAGUAGAGUGGGUUUGGAUAUUUAGUAGAGAAAGACAGUUUGGUUAUUUCCUAAGUUUUCUUCUUCUUGCUUUGAAUCACACAUACCACCAUGAGACUGUUAUAGAAAUAUUCCUUUUUUUUCAUAAACAGCAUUUCUGAGAUUGAACCCAAAUAUUAUGCUGAUGGUGAAGAUGCUUAUGCCAUGAAGAGAGAUCUGACUGGUCUGAGACUGGAGGUUUGUGUUCUGUUACCUGUUUGUACAAGUAGCUGGAUACUGAUUUUAAAACACUCUCAUGACCUCUUCCACCCCUACCACCAUCCUCAACAACAUCCAGUGCUAUGGUUUUAAUUUCUUGCAUGCCAUAUUCACAAUGAACUCUGCAGUGUCACGUGAAAAUGAAAUCUCUGGUAUGGUUUAGUUAAGUCUCAAUGCCUCCCCCCUCUCCUAAGGGCAUUAAUGGGUUCCAAAAGGACUGUUGGGAAGCCAUAAGAUGUGGGUGUGGGUUUGUUAGGCAGGGGUGGAUCUAAGAUUAUCAAAGGGGGGGGGCACCAUGAGCUUUCUAGGGGGGGUCUGGAGGCAUGAAAAUGCAUAGUUCAUAAUUGGCAGCCUCCAAUUCACUGCACCCACAGCUCAAUGGCCUAUUUGUCAUUUACAACAAAGGUUUGGGCUACAACUGAUGCCAGUUACAUCUUGAAAGUUGUCUGAUAUUUUUUAGAACCUUUCUUAGAGUGAGAGUUAGUUUUGAUUUUAAAAAAAUCAGUUCAGCACUGAUAUUAAUUUUUGGUCCACCUAAAAUGGGGGGGGGGGGGCCACAGGCCCCCCGUGUCCCCCCCUUGGCUCUGCCACUGUCAGGGUAGGGGAAGGUAUGGGGGGGGUGUGACAGGAUAUGCUUUUUGUCUUGUAAGUGCUCUCUAUAAAGUGACUUCUUCCUACUGAUGUACAAUAGUCAUUAAAACUUUGAUUAUCCAAUAUAUUUAGGAAAAAAUUGCUGUUGCUAAAGGUCUUGAGGCAUUAAAUCUUGGGGAUCAAUCUAAAGAAACAGAGGAAAAAGCUUCAGAGGACAGUUGCCAUGAGCGCAAAUGUUGUUCCUACUCCAGAUAUGCUAAGGAGGAGCCACCCAGUAGAUGUCCACGAACCACUCUUGAAGAAAAGAAGGAGGCCACAAAGGAGGGAUCUUAAUAGUGACAAAUGGAAGAGAUACAGAACUACAGUUUUUUUCCCUUUUUUUUCUUUCUUCGGACACUUUACACAAUAUCAUUUUGUUUCCUGUAAAUGCUAUGGUUUAAGCAAUAAGAAAAAUGCAAAAUAAUUAAAAGAAAAAUUUAACAGCUUGAAAAACCCCUCAUUGAAUGGUCACAUGCUGGGAUUUUCUGGCAGAUAAAUGAGUGCAUUUGCUUUUGUUCAGCAAAAUUAAAGUUGUUAGGCCUUGAAUCACUAUUCACCGGUUUUUGCCUGAGCAAUUGCUUUUGACUGGAUUAUGCAGGUUCAUAUUUUUGGGAAUAUCUUUCUUCAAAAGGAAGAAAGCUCACACUUCAGAUGUGAGACAGAUCUUCACAAUGAAGCUGAUCAUGACAGGAAUGACCACUCCGUUUUAACUGAUACCUUUGUGGGAAAGAAGCCUUGACUUUCCUCGGUUAUCACAAACAAUAACUUCAUAUUGACCACAGGACAUAUCAAAAACAGUCUGCAUUUGGCAAAAAGAUGAAACAAGAGGAGAUGGUCUGCAGAACCUUUUGCCUAGUGGACAUUAUCAGAAUCUGAAAACACAGUUUCCCGAGCGCAUAGUUCUGAAAACUGAGAGUUUUAAUAAUCAGUGACAUGAUAUAUCUGCAUCAUAGACUUGCUGUUGUCGGC